AUGCCGCAGCGUCAUCCGACCAAUGAACAUGAGACUCAAGCAGAGGAGUCAGCCCAACCUCUUUUGUCCACGCAUGACGCUUCAAAGUCAGCAUCGAUACAAAAACCGUCAUCGCAUCAUCGCGAAAAGCAACAUCAAGAGCCACGAAAUUGUCGGCGAAGAGACAAUCAGCCGUUUCAUAAACCAAAGCCGCAAAAGGAAGAUUAG